AUUGCUGGUUUUAGUAGUCAGGUUAUUGCACGCCUCUCUCCAUUCCUCUCUUUUCCUCUCCAUCGUCUUCUUUGUGUAGGUAGGUAGGCCCAUGGAAGAGGAAUACUCAGUUAGCGAUCCUACUCUGCUACUCAUCUCAGCUUCCGAUUUCGCAUUUCAUCCCGGUUUUCAAUCUGACUCUUCUACAAAGGAAUUCCUUGAUCGCUUCCCCCUUCCAGUCAUCAUCAAUGCUUUACAAACGAAAGGGGAUGUGCCUGGUCUUGAGAAUGCUUUGGUUGCUUGUCUGGAGAGGAUAUUUAAGACAAAAUAUGGGGCCUCCCUCAUUCCACAGUACAUGCCUUUUAUAGUAGUUGGUCUGGGGGCAGAUUCUCAAAAAGUCAGAUGUGUCGCUUGUAAAACAGUUUCUUGCCUUUUGGAGAAUUCUGAUGAAACCACCGUUUCUGCUGCACGGCUAGUUAUUGAGUAUGAUGUGUAUCCACUUUUGCUUAAGUGCCUAACUGAUGGCGAUGAACAAGUUGCCGCUGCAGCAAUGGAUGCAAUUAGGAAUUUUGCUGGCUCUGCAGAAGGAAUGGACAUCAUCUUUCCAGCUAAUACCAAUGAAGCUACUCACCUCAGAAAUGUAGCAGCAGGAUGCUCAUCACUGGGACGGGUUCGGGUUUUAGCUUUAAUUGUGAAGCUAUUCUCUAUUUCCAGCUCUGUAGCCACUGUAGUUUACAACUCAAAUCUUCUUAGUCCAUUAGAGGCAGAGAUAAGCAAUGUGAAUGACACACUCGCAGCUUUGAGUGUUUUGGAGCUCUUUUAUGAGUUGGCAGAAAUUCAGCAUAGUACGGAGUUCUUGUCAAGGACUACCCUUCUUCAACUACUUAGUACCAUGAUAAGCAAUGCAUCAAUUGGAUCAAUCUUGAGAGCAAGAGCAAUGAUGAUAAUUGGAAGGCUUAUGUCCAAGGAGAAUGUUUUUAUGUUUAUUGAUGAAUCUGGUGCUAAAACUGUUAUUUCAGCCAUUGAUGGAAGGCUCGGGUUGUUGGAAAGUCAAGAUGCAGAUGAAUGUGAGUGCGCACUUGAAGCAUUGGGUCAAAUAGGGAUGACAAUCCAAGGAGCAACAUUGCUACUCUCAAAUUCACCCCCAGCUGCUCGACACGUUGUUGAUGCUGCCUUUGACCGGCAUGGGCAUGGUAAACAGUUGGCUGCAUUGCAUGCUCUUGGAAAUAUCGCAGGAGAAACUCGAUCAGAAAGCAACAGGAUGUUGAAUGUUGAUGGGGAAGAAAAUCUUCGAGUCUUGAUUUAUGAAACGGCAUCUAAAUCUUCAAAGCUUACACCAUCUGGGCUUUUUCUCUCAGUUCUUCAACAGGACUCGGAAAUUCGUCUUGCGGGUUAUAGAUUGAUAGCAGGGUUGACGGCUCGGCCAUGGUGCCUGAUGGAGAUAUGUUCGAGACAAGAGAUAAUAAAUAUAGUGACUGAUGCAUUUACUGAAACCACUAAGAUAGGCAUGGAAGCUAGGCAUAAUUGUUGCCAGGCAAUCCGCAAGGCCCUCAUGUCAUCACCUAAACUAGCAAGUGACCCUAAUCUUGCUGGAAUUGCUGCUAAGUUGGAAGAAGCCGUUAGAAGGGGUCCUUACCUCGCAAGAAAGCAUUCUGAGGCACAACCUGCAGUAAUGACAGCUGAGAGAUUUUGAUUUGGUCUUGGACUUAUCAAGAGGCUUUCUUUUUCUCGAGCUUCUGCUGUUUAUUAUGUAAAUUCCUUCUGAUCAAAGUUUAUCUGGUUGCCAAGUUGAUGUAUCUAUGAAAAGUCAUUUCACUCCAAGCUUGAUAUGAAACAAAAGCUUAAGCCUUAACAAAUAUUUGAGAGACAAUUCAUGAAUGCUUACUUGGUGGUUGCAUAUAGCUUCUAAAUCUACUAGAAUAUGUGAAAAAUUAUCAACUAGCUUGUGUUAAGUUGAUCUAUAAGGAUGCUUUAUGACCAGAUUUUUUAUUGCAAAAUUUUGAUUUCUUCUGAUUUU